GAGUGCUGGUGGCUCGGCUCUGGGCUCUCUCUUUGUUGACAGCCAGUUGUGACAUAUCCCAAGGAUCAGUGGCUCUGUCGACAUGAUGCCAUUGGCUUCUUAAAAUAGAUAGAGAAGGACACUCAAAGAAAACAGAACCGCGGUCGUGAACCACGGCAGGCUCAGAGUGGGACUGACCCACAUCGCAGCCAGCCCGUCCGAGUCAGGCGACCAGCCUGUUAGCCAGUCUCUACCGCAGAGAGACUGUACAGAGACACUGUGAUCCUAGCUGAGAUUUCCAUCAUCAGGACUCCCAGUGGAGACUGUACAGCACAGAAAGAUGGCUGUGAACAGACCGGAAGACAUGCCGAGACAAUUCCCUAAGAUCACGCUGAGUGAGGUGGAUGAGGAGACACGUCUGCUGGCUGAGAAGGUGUAUGCGUCAGCGCUGAAGGAGGAGGACACAAACGAUGCGCUGUCCAUGUUCACCGUCCCUGAGGACUGUCCCAUCGGCCUGCACCAGGCCAAGGAGAGGGAGCUGCUCAAAGAGCUGGCAGAGCAGCAUUCAGAAGAGAGCGCCAAGAGGAAGAAGAGUUUCAAGAUGAUCCGUUCGCAGUCUGCGUCCUUGCAGGGCCUGCAGAUCCCUGUGACUGCAGAGUGGGCCCGUUCUGUGGUGACCCCAUUCCUCUCACCCUCCUCCACCUGCUCCUCACUUCCAGAGAACUGCCCUGAGUACCAGAGGGUCACCAUCAGUGGAGACUACUGCGCUGGUAUCACAGUAGAGGACUAUGAACAGGCAGCAAAAACCCUGAUGAAAGCCCUGUUCAUUAGGGAGAAGUACUCCAGACUGGCCUACCAUCGCUUUCCCCGGACCGUCGCUCAGUUCCUCCGUAGCGCUGAGAACCAGACGUGGAAGGAAGAGGACGGGGUUCUACCAGAUGUCUGCCCUUGCCCCAGGGAGGGGGAGGACCCGUACAACAUUGAGAAUAUCCCAGACAACCUGAGCUAUGAGCUGCAGACGAAAGAUGGCAUAGUGUAUGUGUAUGAGAACGCAGAGGCUCUAAGUCAGAACAGGCCCCGCAGCCUGCCCUACCCUGACCUGGAGACCUUUGCCAUAGACCUCAGCCAUGUGCUGGCCAUGAUCAUUGAUGGACCCACGAAGACCUAUUGUCACAGACGCCUGAACUUCCUGGGCUCAAAGUUCUACCUGCAUGAAAUGCUCAAUGAGAUGGCUGAGCUAAAGGAACUGAAGGGUGUUCCACACAGAGACUUCUACAAUGUCAGAAAGGUGGACACACACAUCCAUGCAGCCGCCUGCAUGUCCCAGAAGCACCUUCUGAACUUCAUCCAGACCACCUACAAGACGGAGGCAGACCGUGUGGUGCUGGAGAAGGGCGGGCGGAAGCUGACCCUCAGAGAGGUGUUUGAACACCUCAACAUGGACCCCUAUGACCUCACUGUGGACUCCCUGGAUGUACACGCUGGCAGACAAACCUUUCACAGAUUCGAUAAGUUCAACUCCAAGUACAACCCAGUGGGGGCCAGUGAACUCCGAGAAAUCUACCUGAAAACAGACAACCUCAUAGAUGGAGAGUACUUUGCACGCAUUAUCAAGGAAGUGUCCCAUGACCUAGAGGAGAGUAAGUACCAGCAUGCUGAGCCUCGUCUGUCCAUCUACGGACGCUCUGCAGACGAAUGGGACAGCCUCUCCAAGUGGUUCAUCCAGCACAAAGUGCACUCUACCAACAUGCAGUGGAUCAUCCAAGUCCCCAGGAUCUAUGAUAUUUUCAAGUCAAAGAAGUUGAUCACUAACUUUGCCAAGAUGUUGGAGAACAUAUUCCUUCCUCUGUUUGAGGCUACAGUCAAUCCACAGAAGCAUAAGGAGCUACAUGUAUUUCUCAAAUAUGUGACAGGCUUUGACAGUGUGGAUGACGAGUCCAAGCACAGUGACCACAUGUUCUCCUACAAGAGCCCCAAGCCUGAGCAGUGGACAGCAGAUGAAAACCCUCCCUACAGCUACUACCUCUUCCACAUGUACGCCAACAUCAUGGUGCUCAACAAUCUGAGGAAAGAGCGGGGCUUGAGCACUUUCCAGUUCCGUCCACACUGCGGGGAGGCUGGAUCCAUCACCCACCUGGUCUCUGCUUUCCUCACAGCUGACAACAUCUCCCACGGCCUCAACCUCAAGAAGAGCCCUGUCCUACAGUACCUGUACUACCUGGCCCAGGUGCCCAUUGCCAUGUCUCCUCUGAGCAAUAACAGCUUGUUCCUGGAAUAUUCCAAAAACCCUCUCAGGGAGUUCCUACACAAGGGGCUGUGCGUGUCUCUAUCAACAGAUGAUCCUAUGCAGUUCCACUAUACCAAGGAGGCACUAAUGGAGGAGUAUGCCAUCGCGGCCCAGCUGUGGAAGCUCAGCACCUGUGAUGUGUGUGAGAUUGCCAGGAACAGUGUGCUGCAGAGUGGCCUGUCUCACCAGGAGAAGAAGCACUUUAUUGGGGCCAACUACUUGAAGGAUGGACCUGAGGGGAACGACAUUCGGCGGACCAAUGUGGCUCAGAUCCGCAUGGCCUACCGCCAGGAGACCCUGUGCAAUGAACUCAGCUUCCUAGUGGAUGCAGUGAAGACUGAAGCGGCCAUUGGCACACAACCAGAGUGACCACAACAAUAUGGGACUCAAUCCAUGCAUGUAAGCUCUCAACCAUCACAACGAUAUCUCUUGCAUUCAUGGGAGAAAAAGCCAAAUUAUUUGAAUGGAUAAGUGUAUCUCUUGUUUCUCUGGCUGCAUGUGUGCUACUGUGAAAGCAGAUAACAAGGGGUGCCAUUGCAGUUAAAGAGAUUCUCCAGUACUUUUGUAUACUUUUUGCCAGUGGUUCUGAAAGUAGUGCUCAAGAGCCAAAAGUGGUCCCCGAAAAUCUUGCUAGUUGUCAUAUGGCGAGGGGCUGAAGCUCAUUGGUUGAAUUCGAAUCCUAAGUGGCUGGCCCACAUUGAGGAAUAUGUAGGCCAAGCACAGCUUCCAGAAAAGUAGUUGCUUUAAAACUAGGCAUUUCAUGUAUAACUGAGGUAAGAUAGAUUAUGCAUGUAUGAACUACACAUUGACACAUCCAAAGCGGGAGAUUUAAUAAAUACUUAUUAGUCACCAAAGUUCCGGAGCAUGUCUUUAACAGUAUAAAAAUAGUUUGGAGAGGUAGUAGUAGGAGCCAACUACUUCUUAGUGUCUAAAUGAUGUAGGUCCACAGUACAAGGGUUUCCUUCUGCAGUGCAGCAACAUCCACUGCACUAAGGCUGGCUCCCUCUGCAGAGCACUUACUCACAGUUCAGUAAUGUUACAACAUAUUUGUGGUUUCAAGUGCAAUGUCUGGGAGAAAAAACACUGGCCACUUCUAUUUUGAUGUCCAACACUCACUGCAUCAUGCCUUAGUGAUGGGCGGUCCCAGCUGUUGACAGAACCUGACAGUGUUAAUCUCUGGAGCUGGAACACUGCUUUAGCUGUGAUGAAUGAAGUCUGGUACAUUUCCACUGUCCCUUUCCAUGUGUGCUUGUUUUUACAGGAUGUCAUGCAGUAGGUUCCAAGAAGGACACUGAAGUCAUUUGUGGGACACUGUAGGUACAAAACAUUGUACUUGCUCUGUAUGAGAUCUGCUUGAAGUAUUUGUGUGAAUGUUUUUUUUCAAUUUGAAUGAAAACAGGCCUUUAUAUUGGUCAGAGUAUGCUAUAUUUCAUUUGAAUGUACUGUAUCUAUAAUGUACUGUGCUGUGUCUAUAAAGCAACAUUGAGUCAAUUGAGUUGUGAAAGUUUGGACAAGAGAGAAAAAUGAGAAAGCAUAUAAGAUACAAGAUGUCCAAAGAUGUUACAACGCUCUAUCUCACCUCUUCCUCGUUAAUGGUUGACAGAAUGCUGUAAAAAUAGCCUGUUUUUAAUUAUGUUACUUUUGUUAUCAAUAAAGAUAUUUAAACGUGGA